AUGCUUCUUCACACGAUCCUUAGACCCUUUGUGCUAGUGAUGACUUUGGUGUCUCUCACCUUAGCGGCCUCCUUUGAUCACACGCAAACUUUCACGGACUUGCGAUCCCUCCGGAGUCGCAUAGACUCUAUCAACGACUGCCUAGAAACCUUUGAUGGAGGUAUCCUGAAGUCUGUCAGCUGUGGAAAAGCUCUGUACGAUCUAUUGGGGGCCAGUGCUAGUAUGCGAUCGCAGUAUGAAAGUUCCGGUGCAAUCUCCAGUGACCAACUUCCUGAGUUCUUUGAAAAUUACCACGCUAUGCAGUCCAGUGCGCGGAAAGCUCUGAAGUCUGCCGCCUCCAAGAGCUCUCAGUUUGAUUCGGCAGGAUUCACUGUAUUUGCUCAAAGUAUCAUCGAGAGCUUCUCCAGCCAGCGAGCUGCGCUAGAAAAGUUGACCACCGAAAGGGUUCCAACAGUCAAUCACUCCAUGAUUGCUGGGCCCUCUGACAGUUUGGAUGCUGAGUUUCGAAGUGCCCUUCAUGGGAUGUCAGGUGGUGUCUGA